CGAAAGUGAGGGUGAGCAACGUGAUGACGAGCAUCGUCGUCUCCUCGUGAUCGGUGAGCACUGGAGCGCCAAACAGCACGAUCAUCACGUAGUAGAUUAUUGACAGCGCGGACGCGAUGAGCGAGAACUUGAAGGCCUCCCGCAGAUGCCUGGUCCAGGACCUCUUCGUUCUCGACGAAGUGCGCUGCUCGAGCUUGAUUAUGGUGGGUACCUCUGCUUGCAGCACGGGAAACAGCAGCUUUAUCACCUCGGCGAACAUGAGUAUCAGCAGCACCGGCAGGAACUUGUACUUGCCGACAUUGUACAAGUUGUCGUUGAGCUUCACCAGCGUCAGGAUCCCCGGCAGGUAGAUGCAGGUGAAGGAACAGUACGACAGCAACAGUCGCCGCUCAGUUUUGUUGCCAUUGGCGCCCAUUUGGCCGCAAAAUUCGUCGUGGGAUCGAUUCUGCUUGGAAAUCCGUUUACCUCACGAAGAAACACCGAUGCACGCGCUGGCACGCUCGAUGCACGCGCGCAUCGUUUGAGGUUAGCCUAUCAGCUGACGCUGGCUAACGCGACGUCGCUCACGCUCGGUGUGGCGGCUCGAAAUCUUCGUGCACGUUUGAUACCGAGAUCUUCUCGUCCCCGGAUCGUUAACAUGGGUAAAAAUAAGCAGGCGCAAAGAACCAAGAACAAUGCACGGCCAUCCAACAGUAGCCGUAGUGCGGAACUUCUGGGGACCGCAGUGCCCAAUUUCGUUGGCUUCUCAGCGGUCAAGGAUGGAGGAUACGUUCCUGUCCUGCCCGGUUUGUCUCUGUGUUCGGCAAAUGAGGUGGAAAUGAACAGCGUUGACUCUAGUUUUCAAGUGGUACUGAAAAAGAUGAGCAAAAAGGAUGCUACGACAAAGUACAAGGCAUUGCAAGAAUUUGCAACUUUAUGCCAGGACGCCGAGUUGCCAGCGGUAGAGGGUAUGUUAUCAUUUUGGCCACGAUUAUAUUGCGCUCUGUCCAUUGACAUAGAUCACAGAGUGAGAGAAGCUGCACAAUUAGCACACGCAGCAGUGGUCAAGCGUAUCGGCAAAGGCAUAGCAAUGUACCUGAAACAAUUGGCUGGUGCUUGGUUCACCUCUCAAUACGACGCGUACCCCCCAGCAGCUUCGGCUGCCGUUAAUUCUUUCAAUAACACGUUCCCACCUCGGAAAAUGGUCGACGCGAUUGUCCAUUGUCAAUGUGAAAUUCUAGCCUACGUUAGUAACAAUAUAACUGUGCACACGGCUCAAACGCUAUCGGCACAGAAAUCUCUUACGAACGAAGAGAUGGAAGCGAGGUACGAGAGAGUGUUAAUAGCAAAUCUUCAAGCGUACAGUUUUUAUUUCAAGAAGGUUCCGCUUCACGAAAUCGAGAAAAACCUGGAGACUCACAACAAGCUCUUGAGUAGUUCAAGGUUUUGGAAACUCGCUAAACACGAUGCUCUGCCAAUACGAACAGCCUUUUUCAAUGUCCUGACAUCGGUAAUGGAUAAUGCAGAGAAAUUAUUGCAAAGUGAGAAGAAGCGGACAGUGACCGCUAUCAUGAACAAUCUCGAUGAAUCCGAGCCUGGGAUUUUAUCGGCUGUGUGGGAGUCGAUGCUCGUAGCUACGACGAAAAUUGACGACUGGCAUCUCGUCGUGAAUAUCGAGAAGCUCGUGCUGCCGAAACUGUGGCGCGUUUUACGAUCUGGCGGCCAGUGUUGCGCCAGCACCGUCUACCCGAACCUCUUGCCUUUCGUCAGUCAAUUUCCAAAGUUGGGCGUCCCCAUCGAUGAUCUCUACAUAAAUUUCUUUGAUAAUAUGCGUCAAGGAUUUUCUGUCAGAAGUGUGCAAAUGAGCCGCUCGGAAACGCUGGCUGUAGUAACAUCGUUUGCUGAAUGCUUACGUUAUUCGAUUCUUGUAAAUGCCGAGAAUGUCGACUUGUGUAUUCGGCUCCUCAAGGAACAGCUCGUGCCCGUUAUAGAGGCGUGUAUGACGGACAACACCGCAAUGAAACCGUUCUGCUUUGCCGAGAUUACGCAUUUAGUGCGAUACUGGAGUAAAAAUCGUGGCAACGAGGCAUACAAAUCGUACGUCCCCUUAAUACAACAGUUCUGGAUUGAAUUACGCUUGCUGUUCGACAAGCUGAUAAACAUAUCGCGGGAAACUGCGAUGUCACAUACCGUAAAUACAAGGGAUUCUCAAAUCGAAUUCUUGCUAACUUUAAAGACUGCACCAGAUCGUACUUGUAAGAAAUUAAAAGUAAAAUUCUCGGAUUCAAACGAUUCCGCAGCGAGUCGAUCGGAGGUAAAAGUUAUUGAUGUCGAUGCAGAUGCAGUUUUCGAUGCAGAGCUUUGUGAGCUCGUAAAUGCGCUUUGUGUAAGCUGCUUUAAUAAAAUUAAUGAUGAACGAUCGAUAGACUAUAUUGGCCAGCUGAACAAACUUACGAAACAUUUUGCAACGAAGGAAUUAUUCGUUGCGCUUUCGAAAUCAUUUAACAUUAAUGAUGACUUCUUCGAGUUUUAUGAUAAGAAUUUGAAAUAUUUGCUCUCGCAAAAUACAGAAACGAUGGAGCAAAUUCUGGAAUUAAUAUUUUAUUUUAUUACAUAUGUAAAUGAUGCGGAAAAGGGGAAAGUUUUAAAAUCAUUAAUCGAGUUGAAUGAUAUCGCAAUAACAAGAAACGUCAUACAAUGCAGUUUAUCUAAGUGUAACAGAAGUGAUCGCAUAAUAAGGAAAUGGUAUACACAAGCCAGUGUAAAUAAAUUGUUAAUUGACGUGGCCAAAGAAGUAGCUUCACUUGAAUGCGAUAACUUGGAAAAGAAUCAAAAUUUGAUUUUAUUGGCAUUCGAAACUUCGGAAACCGGAGAUUUGUUGAUAAGUGAGGGAGCGAACGAGAUCGUGUCGAUUCUUUGUGAUUCACUGAAUGGCUCAGAUAAUAUUUGCUCCGUGCAAUUUGUUACAUUCAUCAUGAAAUUGAUGACUUUAAUUUGGAGUCACGAGCAAAUAAUACCAAGCGCUGUACAGAUAUUGGAGACACUUUUUGAAUUAUGCACUCGAGAUCAUGACGAUUCAAUAACCGAUACUGUGCGCAACAGCUGGAAAGAGGGACUUGUAAAAAGUAAUCAAAUAUUAUCCGAUUCCGAAUUUAAUGAUCUUAUUAAACGAUGCGCAAUCAUUAUCUGGAGCAAAAUAUACACAGCAUACGCUGGUCACGUUAAGGAUGCAUUGGUAGAUUUGGCGACGGAUAUUUUAGAAGUUAUAAUUAAUGGUAAUGACAAUGCAAAAGCUCAUUGCAUUGAAGAAACUGUUCUGCUAUUUUUGACGGCAUCUGACAUAAAGGUGUGGAUUGCGGAAGCAACUGUCACUGCGAUCUACAGUGAAAUAGUAACAGGAAACUUAUACGUAUCGAGUGCGAAACAGAAUAUACGAAUUCUCCAGCAUUGCACCUCCGUUGAUGUAACGAACGACGCAAUUUCGGAUAAUAUGGCAAAUUGUCUGUCAUGGGCUGCGUUUACCACAAAUUUGCUUAAUAAUCUGUACACGAGAUUAACAAAUGUUGAGGGUAUUGAUCUGUCGUCAGAUUCUGAAGAGAAUCGCGAUAUAAAUUUGCCGGGAAUUACAGAAAUACUGACGAACGUCAUGUAUGUGGCUAGUAUAGCGGAGGUAUACAGCAAACACUAUAAAUCCACCGAACGUUAUAACAAAGUCAACAAGCUUCACGAUUCACUCAACAGCAGUUUUGUCAAUUUGCAGAAAUAUUUUGCAAAGUACAUUCAUAACGAUGUGCUGUCUCAUUUACAAGUAAAUCAAUCGAGUUACGGAUAUAUGCUGCCAUACAUCAUCCGUACAUAUUACACGGAAUUUGAAUCGAGCAAGAAUCCCGUGGAGUAUUAUGAGACUCGCAGCAGCAGUGAAGGAGAACAUGAUGAAGAAACGUACAUGCAAGCGAUUCAAAUCUUAAGCGAUUAUUGGCCGCCAGAGAGUAUUCCGUUAUCAACGGACAACGAUAUUCACGCACUGAUUGCCACAAGAACUGUGACGUGUGUCAAAGAAGACAGUCUCGCGUACGUCACUAUUAUGGAAAAGAUCAUGAGCUACGAUAAAGAAGUUAUUUUUGACCGUGAUGUGUCCGAUGUUUCCUGGAACCAGUUGUUCUUAUCAUUGGAAGUGAUACGAUUAUUGACGACCCUCAUCCAAAAAGUUCCGUCAAAGUUGAACCAAGAGCACUGGGACUUUAUUUUGAUAUCUUUCGCAACGUGGCAACAGUCCCUUAAUAAGUCCAAGCAUAAUUAUACUGACAUCAAAGUAACAGCAUUAAUGAUAGCAGUUAGCCAGUUGUACUGUGCGCUUCAAACUUUAAUGAACAAACAUGAGCAGGAGCCAAUGUCAGAUUUACCUCCCGCGCUCCUGGACGAAUGGAAAAAUGUAUUUGCUAAUGAAAUACAUAGUAAUGUUGCACAGACUUGGAUGUAUUGCGCAGAUUUGUGCGAUCAAGAUGCGGCAACUGUGAAAUCUACCGUAACAUUAGAUCAUUUAGGCAAAGCGAUUAGUAUGCUUGACGAAAAUAUAUUAUUCAAGAAAAGUGAUGGUAAAGACAUGGACGCGAUUAAUAUCAACGAAAUGUUAGAGCUGUCUCUGAGAUUACUGCAGUCGCCAAUACCUAGUAUUCAACUGGGUGCUUAUCAUGCGUUGAAGCGUAUGAUACCAGAAUUUGUGCGGCAUGACAAAGUCCUCGUCGAAUUUGAAAACUUCGAACUGAGCAGCCUCAAUAUCAAGAAACUCGAGGAAGUACUGUUAAAAACGCAGAACAUUGUAAAUACGAUGCUCAUGGAUUUCAAAUUAUGUGAUGCAGUCAGCUGUACGAUUCAGCCGUUUACAGAUUCUUACACGUACACGUUAGGAUACCUGCUAGUAUGGGCGAUUGUGUUAGACAUCUGCGCAAAUUCACACAGUGAUUUGCGGUGUCAGUACGCCGAAAUAUUAAAGGAUGGUCUUUUCCCUUGUCUAUUAAACAAUAUCUUCAAGUUAAUGCCUCUGGAAGUACUGCAGGAUAAUAAAAAUAAGACUGUAAAAUUGAUGGAGAUAUUUACCACUGCUCCGUCGUUUAAUUUCGGAGAAAGUUGGACAGAGUCGAGAUUAGAUCACAUCACAGGUUGGUUGUACACGAACUGUUUGCGGCAUUUACCAGUAUUAGUUAGACAAUGGUUGAGCACAGCUGACAGCAGAGUCAAUGCGACAAUAGACAAGAUUACGACCCACUAUGUCAGUCCAAUGCUGUGCCAAGAAGAGCUCCUCGAUAAGAGAUUGGUUAAUGUUGAAAAUAUGCAGAUAAAGGUGCAUCCAACAGCGAGGGAAGUAGUGGCCUUGUACCAAAUGGACGACACAAAAUUGGAAUUAAGUAUAGUGCUACCACCUAAUCAUCCCUUGGGUAUAGUGACGGUGGAACCUGGUCAGCACGCAGGUGGCACGGCAAAUUGGAGAAAUUGUCAUAUGCAACUUUCCAUCUUCCUCACGCAUCAGAAUGGUUCUGUUUGGGACGGUCUGAUAAUGUGGAAACGCAAUUUGGAUAAGAAAUUUGCAGGCGUCGAGGAGUGCUACAUAUGUUUCAGUAUUUUCCACAUCAGCACAUACCAAAUACCAAAAUUAUCGUGUCACACUUGUCGUAAGAAGUUUCACACUCCUUGUCUGUAUAAAUGGUUCAACACCAGUCAAAAGUCCACCUGCCCGAUUUGUAGAAAUGUAUUUUAAUCGAACUUGGAGAAGAUGCUUGUACACUCUUGUACAUAGGAACAAUAACAGUGAUACAAAAUAAAUUAAAACUUUACAAUAAUGUGAUAAGAUUGGCAUUGCGUGAGGAAUAAGUUUUGUAUUAUAUAAGAAAGUGAUAUAAAGCAAAAAACGUCAAAAUUA